AUGUGCACCUUCUCGGCCUCUGUCCUUCAAGAGAGGCUGAAAUAUGGGCUGGAGGACACAGGGGAUCCAGAUGUGGGGGGGAUCCAGACAAUUCAACGUGGAGUCGUGAUCCAGAAGGCCAGAUACCACCCCAAUAUUCACCACUUGGACUUUUCUCCCGUCAAAGAAGAGAACUCCUGCUGCAAGCAGGUGUCUGCCCAGUUGACCAUCACCUCCAUCCCUCCCCGGGCCUUGGAAGGGAACAACAUUGCCCUACCUAUCCAGGGGCGACCAGCCCACAGCAGCCGGGAGACGGGCAGUGCUGAUGGUUCCCUGACCAUCACUGAUGUGCGAGUGUCAGAUGACGGAAUCUACACCCUGCAGCUCAUCUCUGUGGAUGGGACCAGUGGCCGUUAUGCUAUGCUACUUGUCUCUAGUCCCGGGUCAUCCCUCUCUGAAGGGGCCAUCGCUGGCAUUAUCAUCGGGAUCCUGGCUGUCACUGCUGUGGCCACAGGGCUGGGCUGUUUCCUCUACAUCAGAAAUGCCAAAGGGUAA